UAAUGUAAUUGUAUUACAACUCAUCACAAUUCCAUCAUGGCAAAUCGUGGAAACAUCCUUGUGGCUUGUCUAUUCCUGGUGAUUCCGCAAGUUCUCGCUUGUGAGGAUUGCAUUUGUGGAUCAGAAUGCUUCGAACCAGAAGACCCCAGUCUGACCCAGGCCUAUGAGGAUGUGAGGCUGGUGAUCCAAGGUAUUCGUGCGGGUAGAAUCUUGGCCUCGCCGAAGGUCGAUAGCACCAUCAUCCACUUUGAUGGAACACCAACUUCCUUCGAGGGUUUUUUAUACCAACGUCAAUUGGCGGCCAUCGCUGCCCUUUCACUACCGGUGGACGAGACUUGCAAUCCCACCCUCGUCAUCACCUACUUUCACUGGGGAUCGUUGUCUUGGUUACCGAAUUUCUCAACCGGAUGCAUGGACAAGUGUGACACGGCCUUCUACAUUAAUGAACUCAUUCCUUACCUACCCACUCCGCCCAUGUCCACCAACCCUUUAUCAACGAGUUGCCUGCUGGCUCCACUGGUGGCUCAGCUGUAUCCCACGUGUUCCAUCAAUACGGAAUUGGGUUCUCAUCAAAUCGCUUUCAUGAAUGACGACAUUCAGACCCCGCCCCAUCCUUGCUUUGGUAGUAAUGCUCGGACUGCAGUCAAAAUGGCAGACCUGUCGACGCCUUCGCCUCGAUUCGAGUCGUCCUCGGCAAAUUCAAUUGAAGCAUUUUCUUCCGCUGCACGAGAGGAAGCCUCUUCAAAAAUCCUCCAAUGCAUGGAAGAAAAGUGCUGCUCUCAAAGUCGAUCAGAGAGAUCUAGGUUCAUGGAAUCCGAUGGAACGCUUGUGAUCAGACAAAACGGAGAGGACUCUGUCCAAGAAGUUGACUUGUCACGGAAUGUCAACACACGUAGUCAAUCGCUGCAGAAAACCAUUGAGGGUGUGAUUAUGAUGGAAGAGCUACGUUUCCUCCAAAUUGAAAAUCCGGACAUAUUCAGCGAGACCAUGUUACUUUGGAAUCAGAGAGCAAAAGACGAUUCCACUUUUAAGGAGGCCUUUGAGUUCGCCAAUGAGUUUGAUAUCAACUCUUUUUUUUAAGUCCAUCAAAAUUUGAUGAGUCCCAAAAGUUUCGAAGUUGACCUUCCCAUUUAAAAAACCGAAAUAGAUUCAGCUCUGCUUAA